CAUGACGGCUGCUGACGCGCUGCGGUCGACAUCCACAGCGGCACGCCGCUACCGGUACGGCCGUUGUUGCGCCGUGUUGACGGUCGUUGCUGCCGUCUGGACGGCCGCGUCGUCCGGGUGGCCGCGCGGUGCGACGGCGGCGGCCGCGUUCCAGCACACCACGUCCGUCACGGCCGACGAACCGCUCGUCGUGACUUUCGAGGGUGGCGAGACCGCCACGGCGCCGCCCGACGACACGGUGUACCUGACCGAGGAGGUGGCCACGUUGAACGCGACGGCAAGGGACGCGGGCGAUUACGCGUACGACGACGAAUACGAUUCGGCCACCGACAGGACGGACGUGAAGCCCGUGGCCGGCGGCCGCACCCAUCUUUCCGUUAAACCGUCAAAACCGCCCGUUAAACCGAUCGACGUCACCGCCGCCGACGAGGCGACCGAUGCGGCACCGACCGCGGUUAUUACGGCGGUGCCGGCAUCGACCGUCGCCGCGAUACCGACCGCCGACGUCUCCGAGGUACCGACCGCCGACGUCUCCGAGGUACCGACCGCCGUCGUCUCCGAGGCGUCUCCCGUCACGAUUACAGACUCGGUCCGGCCCAACCAGACCGACGCGUUGACGGCCGUCGAAACCACCACCGAAUCCGGAAUCCUCAUGCAGAUGGCCAUUCCGCCAACCACCUCGACCGCCGCGGUAACCGCCACUACCACGCCGAUGUCGGACACGUCUUCUCCGGGGACAGCGUCGUCGGCCCGGUCGACCUGGUCGCAGCUGUUCGUCGCCUGUCUCGCCGUCACCACGGCGGUGGCUUUUUCGUGUUAGACAAAAACUCCGUCGCUCGUCCGCACAUUUUUUCCCCCGUGAGUAUCGAUGUACACAAUUUAACUUUCGAGCCUUUUUAACGCGGUCCUUUUUUAGCCCCGCCGCCUCACUCUGUACUUUUCGCCGUCGCGUACGGAAAUGUUAACCGGAAACCUCGCGGUCCGCCGCACAUUGCACACCGACAACGUGUUUCGAUAAUAUUCUAACAUUGCCUUUUCCUCGUUUAAAAACACUACGUAUUCGUCGUUUUCCGAAAAAUUCUGUACAAUCGUUGUCGCACGUCCCGGAAAUAUCGCGGAAAAACUCACUUAGAAAAAAAAAAAAAAAUUAAAAAAUACUUUAUUCAUAAUGUACAGAGCAUUUUUUUUUUUUUUUUUUUUUUAACACUAUUUCCCGUCCACUUUAUUAUAAUAAUCGUAAUAAUAUUAUACGCCUGUUUAAAAUUUAGUUUUUUUUUUCAAAUAUCAAUCACUAUUCUUUUUUUUUCUUUCUUUUUUUUUUUUUUUUGCACUUAUUACGUAGUAUAAUAAAUAUACAUUGAUUUAGGAAUCUUAAUUAUUAUUUUAUUGUUUUUUUUUUUUUAAUAUUUUAUAUUUAUAAUUAUUUAUAAUCUUUGAUAUUAAGUUUAAACAAUGUAUUAUAAUAGAGUCGGGGUUUAUUGCGCUGUACAAUUGUUGGAUUCCUAUGCCCCUGUAAUGACCGCACCAUACGCAACAGGAUGCAUUUCGUAUAGUUGACGUUGAACCGUUAAUAAAGCCCGGCGGAGCCGCGAUAAGGCCGAAGAGCUCGCGAAAGUACGCGAUGCCUUUGAAUUUACGCCCGUAAGGUCUAGAAUUCCGGAUCCUACGAGUCUCGAGCCCUACACAGACAGCGGAACACGGGUUUCGUACGCCAUUGCGUUUUCCUUUACAUACUUUUCGAUUCUCGUCGAUUUCCCGCUAUUGCGUUUACACGAAAACCGCUCCCCGCCGCCGCGAAAAACGUUGUCGAUCGUCGUCGCCGGAUGCGCGUCGGUACAACGAUUUUGAAUGUCGGACGAGAUUUCCCGAGAUUUUAAGAAUGAAAAAAAAAAAAAAAAAAAAAAUUAAAAAUAAUAAUAAUAAUAAUUACGAAAAGUCAUUUCAUCGCGUACACGUCCAACAACACACGAUAGACCGUUGAAUCGUUUUUCCGGACCCGCCGAAAUUUUAGAUCCGGAACGUGUAUUUUAAUGUUUUUAAUACUCGUUUUAUUUUGCCGCUUUUUUAAAAUUGUUUUUUUUUUCACUGCAUAUUAUAUUUUAAUACAUUUUUAGUGCGUACAAACCCGUGCUCCAGACCAAUAGCGAUGCUGGCACGUGUACAGAAAACAAUUCCGGAGGGGGGGGGGGUACGGUUCUUAAAAAUAUGAAAUUAAAAUGCCGAACUUUUAUAGUAUAUAAUGACGCGUAACAGAAGUAGCAUUUUAUCAAAAUAGCCGAAAAGCCCAAUGAAAAAUAAUCCAGAGACGCGUCUGUUUUCCGUUCAGAUUUUCAUUCCCCAGUUCGGUCAGUCUCACCAUUAAAUAUUGUUAAACGUAGGAAAUAUCCGUUUCGGGUAAUACGCCAGACUAGAAAAAAAAAAAGCACUUCGUGCGUGCAAUUUUCGAAAAAAACGUUACGAAGCCAGCAAACGCGGGACUUUUUUGUGAUCUCUAGCCAAAAAGCAUUAUUAUACCUGUUGGCCCGAUCACGGCGUGCUGCACGGGCCUUUGUAUAAUUAGGGACGGGAAAUAUUUCGCGCACGACACUAAACAAGUGCGUCAAACACAACGCGAUUCACAUUUCUGAAAAUGAUCGAGUACCUAAUGUAUUGUGACACUGAUGCCGAACGUAUCUAAGUGGAUACUAAUUUUUAAAUAUCUUGGCCCUAUAUGCGUCCAAAAUAGUUUGUUCUUAUACGUUUUUUUUUUUUUUUUUAUUUUGUACGUGAGAUUGCGUGCGUGUUAUUUUUUUUAAAAAAAAUAAAAACGAUCAAUCUCAUUUUGUUUUUUACUAGCUAUUAGUAGGUAACACACAGGCUAAUAUAGGCUAUUCAAUUAAACGCGCUGUGUAAACAUUCUAUAUAGAUUCUGUGUGUUAUAUUAUUGUUUUCGCAUAUCAAACUGAUAGAGUAAAAAAUUAUUGUCGAUAUAAAUGGCCUAUCCGACCGAUUAUCGGCCGAUUUUCCAGUCGAAUUUACGUGCUUUUCGUGACACGAUAGCCGGUUAGGUUAUUGUUGUAUUUUGUACCUCGUACGUGCAAUAUCUAUUGAACGUUAUUUGUUUUAAUAUUUUUUACGAAUAAACUUAUUAUAAUUGUUAUUUUUUUUUUUUAACGAAAUAUCAAUUUUCGGAUUGUUUGAAUAAAAAAUAUUCGAUUGAAAUCUAACAGGAUUUUUCCAAGUAAAUUAUUAAUGCGGUUAAUAAUAUUGUAUUAUAAUUUUUUUUUAAAUCAUUUUCCCUUUUAAACAAUACGAAAAUUCGCACACAAUUUAAAAAAAUAAACACGUCAACUGUUAAACAUGUUAUUUAUACAUUCACACAUUUAACAUUGAAAUAAACGGUUUUGUUUGCCAUUCACAGUUUGCACAUGGCCCGUAAUCCUUUUCCCGCCAUACUUUUGAACAUUUUAGACAGUUUAAUUUGAAAAAUCGAUUUAGCUUCUUUUCAAUAUCUCAACCGAAAUCUCCGUGAGAAAAUGUACAGCUAUACAAUUCGGUUUAUUGUAUUUACUACGUAUCUAUAAAUUGUUUUCUAAUAGAUUCCCUUAACUGAAGAAUUAAGGAGACUCGUGUAAGUUCGAGAGUUUAAUAAUAAGCCAUAGGUUUUAGAAAUAAAAAUACUACUAUUAAGAAUCGUGUAAUUUUGUAAAUCCCAUACUUAUUUAAUGCAUUAGAAAAUAAUUACAAAUACUUAUGCUAUUUAAAAUGAUAAUAAUAAAAAAAAAAGACGGAUAUACUUCACACGUGGGUGUAGUCAUUGUUGUAGGUGGGACGUGGGACGUGAGAAGUUAACAAGGUAGGAUACAGACGGAAAUUUAAUGUAUAUCUGGAAGCAACGAUAAACAAUAACGAAAAAACGAUUCUGAGCUCGUUCAACUGUCAACUGAACUCAUUCAGUUGAUAGUGUUGCUUUGUCAACAAUAUAAAUGUCGUAUUAUGGUAAAAUGAUUACAACAAUGUGCGUUUCCAUUGCAACAAUGAUUGUUUAAAAAAUAUUAAAAUAAUAAAAACUUAAUAACAACAUAAAAUAAAUAAAAACGAUUGCCAAUGACAACCUUAUUUUCAAUCUUUCAAUCUUUUCUAACCUAAAGAACCGAUUUUUUCUCAUUGUGUCGAAUAUUAAUGAAAAUUUCAAAAAAUGACCUCUUUAAAGUAACACCCAGAGAAAAUUUUCUUUCAAAAAAGGUGCUAUACUUGAUAACCGGAGUAUGCUUUCUGGUAGAAAAAGGGUUCACAUAAAAAAAAAAGAAAUAAACAUCUUUUUAAAACGAAUACAUUCUUCGUUGAAUUUAGAAUUUAAAACAAAUUUCCUCGGAGAUUUUUCAUUUUACAGAAAUGAGGUUAAAGCCGAUUUGGCACUGACUCUAAUAUAGAUGGAAAACCGCGUACAGAUUUCGAUUACACAAAUCAUAAUAAUUAUUAUUACAACUCCAACCCGUCUCUAUUAUAUUAUGUACACUCUGUAUAUUGUAUACAUUAUCGUACUUUUAUAUGCAGAUUCAUAAAGAACGAAACGAUAAAUAUAUUAUAUUUUUUUGACUCCAUAAUAAAAGUACAAACACCUGUUGCGUUUAAGUAUACCUAUACCGAUAUUAUAAUAUAGUUACUGUUAAUAUUUUUACCGUUCUUCCGAGUUCGAGUUAUAAUAUUAACUAGAGGUAUUCUCUUAUGAGUUAUAACUCAUACAAAUAUUCACGUUAUACCUCAUGAAACUGAAAUAUUAAGUAUAUGCGCUAUUUUUAAUAAACACAAUAUAGAAUAAAAAAAAAAACAAUAUUAAUGAUGCGGAUAUAAAUUUAUUCGUUAAAAUUUAUUAUUUACUAUAACAUUAUAAUAUUAGUUUUUUUCCGCCGUCUGUAAAAACGUAAACUACACAUACAGUUCGUAUAGUGAACCAAUCAAUUGUUUUACUUUAGGGACUUGCUUUAUAAUAAUAUUAUUUUAUGUAUUGUGACGAAUGUUAUUUGGUCAGUUAUUUUUACGUUUGUAACGUUAUGUUAUAACAGUUUUCGUAUAUAUAUAUAUAUAUAUUGGGAAUCAGAAUUUUACUUUUCUAUUACCUAUACUCUAUUUGAACUUUAAAAAAAUAAAUAUAUUAACUCGUUUUAGUGCGAUUAUAUUAUAAUAAUAAUAAUAACCUACCUACUAUGUUUAUUAAAACACAACUAAAAAAGAAAGUAUUUUAAAAUAAAAACAUGUAAAACCUAUAAAAACACACUUCUUCGCAUAAUUAAAAAAAAAAAAAAAAUGAUGUAGUGAAUAUACCUCGCCGUGGAGAAUAUAAAUCCAAUAAAAACAUAGUAAAUACAUGUUUAUAGUAAACAGGUUGAUGAUUUUUUAAAUAACGGUGAGUGAUUUAGGUUUUUGAUUUUACUGUGAUUCGGGCACAUUUUUUUCUGUCUGUCUGUGUAAACAACUUUUCUAUUAGAAAUCUUGGUUCGAUCAUCAACUGUAAGGGUAAUUUCUGGAAGACAAUUUUGUCUUCCAAAAGAGGAUUUAGGAAGUUAUAUUUAAGGGGAAAAUGGAUCAAUUUACGCAUUAACGGAUUCUGUUAUUUUCUAAUGUUUAUUUAUUUUGUGUAAUUCAUCAGUUACAAACAAUCGUAAAAAACUAUAGACAAUAAUUCCCUGACUUUUUUUCUACACCAUUCUUCACUGAAAUGUUAUAACGACUGUAUAAGCAAUUUAUCAAAUUAUAACAUCGUAUGAUUUAUCAAGUAGAUUUAAAAACAUUAUAUUAUGUUAAUUUGAAGACCGACUUAUCUGAGUGUUAUACGAACUGAAUAUAGUCAAUUUAAACAUUCGCCUAAAUUUUGUGACUUUGCCUCGAUAAAAUAUAGAAGAUAAACAUAAAAGAUUGCACACGGUGAAAACUCAGUGUACAUUUUUAAUUUUUUUCACUCGCAUUCUGUUUUUUCACUGAGGCGAGGAAAUGAUUGUAUUUUUUUUUUAUUUUAAUUUAAUUAAUGUUAUUCAAACAACCGCGAUAAAAAUAGGUAACUAAAUCGUUUCGUUUAUGUUUAAUUUUCAGAAGGUUAAAUUGUUAAGUAUACAACAACUUUUACCUUACAAAAAUAUAAUUGUGUUGUUUAUUCGUCGCAGUUGUGAAAUAAUAUUUUUAUAAAAUAUGAGAUAAUAAUAAUAAUGUGUUAUCAUUGUAUAAAAAAAAUAAUAAUAUUAUUGUCGUAACGAAAAUAAAGCACGUUCGCGACAUAUUGCAAUUCACACUUACUUGACUGUAGUGUACGUUGUAUACGAAAAUUUUAUUAUAAUUGCCGUAUUGUAAAUCGCUAAUGAAAAACGAUUCGGAGCGAAAUUUAUUUUAUACACGACGUUAAUUUUCCCGUUUUUUCCAAUCACGAUUGAGGAUGUAUUAUGAAAACCGCUUGGAAAAUCAAAAAAAUGGUCUAAUUUACCACUAGGAUAAAAUGUUAUUUCAAAAAAGUUCUACAGUUGAAAAUCGAAGUAAGAUUUCUGGUAGAAAAAUUGUUCACAGAUAAAAAAAAAAAAAAAAAACUUAGUCAUGAUUGUAAAACCAAUACAUCCCUCUCCGAAUCUAAAUGCGAUAAAGUAGGUACCGAUUCAAUAAUCUAUUGAAAAUAUCUACGGUUGUAAAUAUUCAUUUUUCAAACCGUAUGACUGAAUAAUUUUUUCCAUAAAUCGUUUACAAAUAUUACAAUAAAUAUCACCCUGUGCUCGUAAUCGUUUGCGGCAGUAUUGUUUUAGAGUGUCGAAAUGUUCACUUGAGUCACCAGCCACCGGGCCCGUUAUAAACGUUUCGUCUAUUCGUAAAACAUUACGAAUUUAAUUGUAAUUUGAUACGAUAUGAUAUUUUUCGCGGUUACUACGCAAUUGUUUAUUUACAUUACGCGAAAUACAUUAAAAAUACAACGCGCACGCACAAUAUAUUGAUUUGUCACGUUUGCUACUUGGAAAUUUAAAUUCGAGUGCUCACCUAAAACAGUUUUCGUUGGUAUUUUAAAUACGACAAUUUUAAAACCGCAACGUUCUACACAUGAAUGAUGAAAACAAUAUCUUCGGACGAGAGGUUGAAAGAUUGACAAUAACAUCAGAACGUCACGGACGGAUACUUGUACGGAGCGAAGGACUCUACGGAAUUCUCAUAACAUGAUAAAAUAAAAUAUAUCCAACUGGUUGGUGCGGUUACGAUAAAAAUAUACCUAAUAACAAUUAACCCGGGUAAUUAUUUAUAGGUUAGGUUAUACGCACUUAAUGAUUACAUACUCGCGAUGCUUUCCGGAACCGGUCAACGGGACACUGUCGUGUUUAAAACAUUUUUUUUUUUUUUUUUUUUAUACGAUUAUAAACAACGCGCAGUCUUAUUGUUUUCAAUUUAUAAUAUUUGUCGUCCGCAACAAAAGGCGAACAACUAGCCAAAUUAUAUAGUUCGCACAUUUUUCGUCCGGUUCGGUUCGAGUAUAGUAUACCUGAGUAUAAUAACCGAGCAUCCGGAAACACGUUCACGUGAACCACACGUAUGGUGAAAUCCGAAACGAGCCGACGUCGAUUAUACUGUAUACACGUUUAUUUAUAUAUUGCGAUAUAGAUUUUACAUAGUAGUAAUGCGAAAUAAUAUUAUUGACGUCGAUUAAUUACUUGCAUCAUUCGGGUUUAAGCGAAAACAACAAAAAAAAAAAACGUAUUAAAAAUUGGAAUAUUAAAAGUGUAUUUAUUUUUCACCCGCUCAGCGGUGUCUAAAUGAAUAAAUGCAUCGGACAUCCAAUUAAACUUAUGUGUCAACACAUUAACGCGUGCGCACCAGACACCUAAUAUUCCACUAAGCAUAAAUACGAAAAAAUAUAUCGAUUGAUUUUUAACACAAUAUAUUGCACCCAUUUUCGACCGCGGUCCAGUAAAGGUGAAAAAUAGCGGAGAAAAAAUCCCAACCGAGAUUUGAUGUACCUGUUAUUAUUUAAACUAAAAAAAAAAUUAAAAACCACUUCCAAGUUCAACGAAUGCAAUUUUUUACCGAUGUUUUCGAAAAUAUCGCUAAAAUCGGAACAAUUUUCUUUGGGAAAAUCGAGUCCGUUGAGUUUUGCACAUGCAAUUAUGUACAGUUCGCUUUUAUUAUCGUGUGAAUUCCUGUGCGGAUACCUAUAACACACACAGUGAAUCCGCUCGCUAAUAUAUUUUCGAAGAAAACCGCCUAAUCAAAACUGUUUUUUUUUUUUUUUUUUUAAUUGACAACCAACACCUCCUUGGUAUAAUAUCGGACGAUUAUACAGUUACACAGAAACAUACGUUAUAUUCAUAUAACACUAAUUUGUGUGCGUAAGUUUAACGCAAAACGGUUAUGAUGUACUUACUAAUAAAACAUUAACAAUUCGUUUUUAAUGAUCAACGCACGUUCAUUCGGAUCUUUCGAAACAUUCGGUUCAAUAUAUUUUAAUGAACCGUUAACCGAGCAACGAGCAUAAUACUAAUAAUUUGAAAAAUCGACCGGACGGACACGUCGUCGAUUCCUGUGUAAGUAUUAUAGUAUUAUACUUAUGUUUAACAUUUUAGACACUCAACAGACGACCGUGUUUUUUGUUUACGACGAUUGGUAUUUCGUUUGUUUACGUGCGUUAUUUUUAAUUUUCCGCGUGUUUUCGUGAACGAUAUAAUAUUAGAAAAAAAAAAAACAAACAUAGCGUAUGUCAAUAUUAAUCCAAAACUUUGAUAACGAAUUCACGUGAACGAGAUAUAAAAAUUCCAAUAUUAAAUUUAUUUUUAUAAAUAUAAUUUUUAAAUGAAUAUAUUUCUCCGUUGACGGAAACACAUUAUUAUGAUGCAUUUUGAAAUUCAAAACUAAAUAGUAGUGAUGGUAUCGUACCAUAAGGAUGACAGAAAAUAAGGACAAUGUAAUAUUUUAUAGCUGCUUGUGUCUUGAAUUCCUUACGAUUCACGCCCCCCCCCCCCAAAAAAAAAAAAAAAGAAAAAAGAAAUACCGAACUAAAUGUUUAUACAUUCUGAGGUCUUACGUUACAUCGAUCACUCUGUACACGAGUAUACCGAUGAUUCAGAAUAACUAAUAUAAAUACAUAUAACAAUUUACAAGUAUGUAAUCGACCGUAAAAAAAAAAAAAUUACUUUUUUAAAAUCAAUACAAAUAAAACUCUAAGACACAACUGCAGUGCGUUUAUGAAUAACGAAACAAAGACGGUUCAAAAACAGUAAUAGUUCAGCACGCUGCGUACAUAAUACUAAUUUCUUUCAGGCCUCUUGUUGAUGAAUAAACGAUUAUUUUUGUUGUAUAAGACUGUUUGCAUUAAAUUGUUAGUGAUAACUGAUGAUUGGUGGAGAAUAUGAAAACAACUAUGGCUAAAAAGGAAAAACAGGGUGCCUACAGAAACACGGUGGAUAUUAUAUUGCAGGUCACGAUUUAGGGUAGAAGACGACGGACUGUGUGGGACGGACGUGUUCGGCGACAGAAUUUAUUUCAGACCUUCACCUUCGGCAGGGGUGGGUGUAUCGUAAAUUUCUAAAGGGACAUGUCAAAGGCAGAGCCGAAUCUAGGAAUUUUUAUGCCUAUCCGGGGAAAACAUUAAGAAAAUACGGUCAAUAUAAGAACAUUUUGUAGUUUGUUAAAAUACGGUUAUUUAUACACCUAGCACAAUAUUUUAGAUUCUUAAUUUAGCGAAGAAUGUAUCGGUCUUGCAAAUAUAUGAAUUUCUUUUUUUUUUAUGUGAACACUUUUUCUACCAGAAAGCUUACUCCGAUUAUCAAGUAUAGCACCUUUUUCCGAAAUAUAAUGUUCUCUGGGUGGUACUUUAAAGAGGUAAUUUUUUGAAAUUUUCAUUAAUAUUCGAUACAAUGAGAAAAAAUCGGUUCUUUAGGUUAGAAAAGAUUGAAAGAUUGAAAAUAAGGUUGUCAUUGGCAAUCGUUUUUAUUUAUUUUAUGUUGUUAUUAAGUUUUUAUUAUUUUAAUAUUUUUUAAACAAUCACUGUUGUCAUGGAAACGCACAUUGUUGUAAUAAUUUUACCAUAAUAUGACAUGUAUAUUGUCGACAAAGCAACACUAUAAACUGAACUCAGCUCAGAAGCGUUUUUUCGUUAGCAAUUGUUUAUCGUUGCUUACAAGUAUACAUUAAAUUCCCGUCUGUAUCCUACCUUUCCAACGUUCCGCUUACAGCAGUGGUUGCGUCCACGUGCGAACUAUGUUCGUUCUUAUUUUUAAAAUUUUAUUGUCAACAAAAGGUGUCUCUCAUAAUCGGCUCAUAACUCGUCUUACAUUUUCAGGGGGCGGUAUACAUUUUUCUGAGCAUUGGACGGGAUAUAAUACCGCUCCUCCCUUCUGAAAUGAUCACUGCUCGGCAAAGUUUGAAUUCAAUUAUAUGCGCCCGGUAACGGAAGGGAAAAUAUAUCUGUUUGAAGAGACGGAAAGACGGAGAUUAUUGACUAGGAAUUAAGAGGGGGGACUCUGACAUGUAUGGAUAGUUGGAGGUGUGCGUGGGAAUUAUGGUCCGAAAUGGUCGGUAACCUGAAGAUGAAGAAUGAGUAGAAAGAACGAUAUAAUAUUUGACCGCAGCUGUUUUCAGAUUAAAAUUGUAAUAGCAUUAUGUUAUUAAAAAGGAACACACCGGAGACUUGAGAUUCGAGAAAAAAAAAAAAAAAUUCGUAAUCGUGUGAAAUCCGGAUUAAUAAUUGCAUAAUAAAACAAUAGGGAAUACAACAGCCUGUUUAAAAAAAAUCCAAAUACGGUUCCGAUUUUUUACUAUAGUCAGCAUUAUUAUAAUACACACAUUAUUAUGCGUGCGUAUAGUCAUAUACGCACAAGCAAUUGCAACUUUUACGUAAUAUUUUUUUUUUUAUUUUCGAUUGUAUAUGCAACACCGGAAUAAAUAAAUAACCAGGAAAAAACCACAUAAAAAUCGGUCUGCUUCCCGAAUACAGCCGAGAGUGUUGUGUAAAACGAUUAAAAUUAUUCACCCGGUCGAUUUAAGAACGAUAUUAAAUAAGAAAGUUGCAAAUUAUCGAGUGAAUGUUAUUUUUUGCACGUAUUCUCUUUAAUGUUAAAACGAUCUACUGGAAUAACGGUCAAUACAAAUAUAUUAUAAUUUUUAUUUUCAAAAGUUUCGGUAUCGACCUAUAUGCAGUUUUCAAGCACCUUUUCUAUCCUGAGCAUAGUAUUACAUUUGCUGUCGGUGUCGGCGAGCGAUAAAAAUCUGUGUGGACAAUAAAUAACUUAUAUUUUAGUCGUUUUAAGAAUAUUGAGUUUUCCGUCGUGCGUCGAUUUCUCUCGAUUUCGUUUCUCUAAAAUUUUUAUCGCACGCGACACGACUGGAUUAUCUCUUGUGCAUUUCCGUAUUUUUUUUUUUUAGACGUUUCUCACCAUUCUAUUUUAGAAUAUAUUACACCACGAGGGUGUAAUACCGUCGAGUUCAAGUAUCAGAAUACAAGGUGUUUCACGGACACCUAACGCGUGCAAUGACUUUUGUUUUGUGCAAUACUUGUUUCUUGUAAUAAUGACUAUGGAUCCUUGCGCAUUAUUUGUCUACUACGUAAUGUUUUUAAAGUUAAGUAAACAAAUUUAUAUUUAAAAAAUAUCCAAGAUGGCCGUUUUAUAAAUGUAGUUUGAAACAAUAUUUGGGCGUUAAAAAUAAUUACUAAUGACCCAAUCGUUAGUUUUCUAAAACAUUUUGAAGUGAACAAAAAUCAUUUUCCAUGAGAAAAUGGGCGAAUCGAUUUAUAUUAUUUGGUAUUGGCAAUGAAAGCGAUUGAAAAUAUCGUAAACUUCAAACAAAUCGCGAACAAAUAAUAACGGUUCACCGUUAGUAAGUAUUAUAUUUGUAAGACUGAAAUUCUAUAUGUUCACACCAACGACCAAUGACCGUCGUGGAUUUUGUAAAAACAGUUUUUAUUUUAAUUUUCGGUUUUAGGAUAUGUAUAAAGUAAAAGAAUCACAGGGCAAGGUUUCUGCGGUGAUUGUUACAAGAAAAAAAAAAAAAAGAGAAAAUUAAAAAUACCGUACAAAAGCAUUUUUCAGAUUUCCGUUAAGCACACCACGCUGUAUGUACCAUACAUAUAUAUUGUACUUGUGUAUGAUUAUAUUUCGAAGGGAACUUGUAGUGAAAAAAAAAAAAAUCCCUUUUCUCCCUUUGUACGCAACCGAAAUCGAUAACCGAGGUGUCAUUUGAAAGACCGAAAGUUACCGGCCUGUUCUCGGAUUCGCUACAACACAUGUUUGCCGUCCAUUCCGUUCUCGCGGGUCCAUUGCCGUGUUAUCAGAAACGUGCGCAGAUUCUUUAGGCGAGGAAAGCACCGACCCUUGAAAUCAAUAAGCCUUACACAAAACCGUAUUUGACGUAAAAAGCUCAACUAUUUCGGGGAGGAUUUAAUUAUUCAUAAUAUUGAUUUUGUACAUUUGUAAUAUACCCUAUUUGGUGGGACGGGGGCACUCGGCUGAGUUUCAGCGGCCCCGAACUUUCCAUCAGUCUACAAAAAAAAAAAAAAAAAAAAAAAGAACGUCAGAGUUCAACGUGUUCAUUAAAUUCGUAUUUAACAUGUUUUACUUAAAAAAAAAAAAAACACUUCGGCCGCAGGGGAGGCAGUUGCCUUUUCCGUUCGCACGAAUAUUAUUCGCCGAUUAAAACAUUACCCAUUAACGAAUCCAAUUUAACGCUGUACACGACGUUACAAAUAAAUAUGAAACGACAUUUACACAAUUUUUAUUAUCAUCGUUUAAUAACAUUUAUUAAUAUAAAUAGCUAAUAUAUACGUAUUAAUAUAAAAGUACACAGUAUAAUCAAUUUAUUCGUGUUUUUUAAUAUUGUUUCUACGUUAUAAUUUUGCCGCGGCAGGACCGCCGUAUGAAUAACGAUGAUCGGGUUUGAUCCCCUGUACAAAAAUAUCCGCGUUACCGUUUAAUAUAAACGACGGAGCAUUUUAUCGAUACCGUAUUAUUUAAACGCGAAAUAUUAUUCGUUCGUAACGGCGAUAAAAAAAAAAAAAUACAAGUAAUAUAAUUUACACCUAUAUAGGAACUUACAUAGGAGUUUUUUCCUAUUUUUAUUGAAAAAAAAAAAAAAAAUACAAAUACAAAAAUCUUAUAGCGAAUCGACGAACGCGACUGAUAAAAUAUACACAAAUAGUUGACAAUCGGCUAACAUAACACAUAGCCGUCGAUAGAUUAAAACAUUAUUGAUGUUAUUAUUUUUUCAUACCUAUACGAUAUUGUUAUAAUAAUUUAAACGGGAUAUUCUUCAAAACCGUGGAAAAAUAAGUGGGGAGAGGGGGGGAAACAGUUUUUUUUUUCGAUAAAUAUUAUUAUAUAAACUUGUAUAAAACUCUUAUUCUCUAUCUCUCUCUUUUUUUCUCUCUCUCUUUUUUUCUCUCUCUCUCGUUCUCUCUCUCUCUCUCUAUAUAUAUAUAUACGUGUAAUAAAAAAAAAGGUAACUAUACCUAUAAUACAUGAAUGAUAAAAAGUAUACGCGGGUACGUCGUCCGGCUCGCGUGUCUGCCGGCGAUUUUGUGCACAGUCGGCGUUUGUGCGGCGAAGAAGUUUUACGACCGUUUUACGAUCGCAAAGCGGCAGUAGUCGGGCCGCAGCGUACGCAACGGCAAUAGCAACACGCAGUAGGCACGCAAAGGUUGGCGCAGCGUAGAAAACACAAAUUACGAAUUGUAUUUCACCGCGCGGGCACGGCUGACGCGGCGAGUUUUUCACGUUUUCGCCGGGCGCGUGAUUGGCCGCGACAGAUCAACGCGAUCCAUCGGUGUACGAGACUUUUUUUUUUUUUGUAAAUUUUUUAUUAUUUUUAACGUUUUCGGUUCGCGUCGCGCGUGCCUCCCGGAAUUCAGCAACGUAUGCAACGCAAAACGAAAACAAUCAUUGUACCAGCAGAGCGCAUCGGAAAAGUUUGAUUCGGCAACGAAACGGGGCCGACCGCGUCUCGCCGUCGACCGCCGAAAAUGUCCGCCCGGAUCCGGCGUCCGAAUUUCGCCGCCGGAUCGGUUCCCGCGUUUAGCGUUCGCGCCGGCGAUUCGCCCGAUACGCUCGGCGGCAACGGGGGAAACGCGUCGCGAUCGCGUCCCCGCGCGGAUUUCGGUUGGCGACGGCCAACCGCGACGACGGGGGGGGGNGGGGGGGGGGGGGGGUCCGUCGCCGUUCAGUCGAACGUUCGGUACGCGCACGCCGCGAUUACGGACGCUCGUCGUUGGAUAUCCUCCGUCGCCCGUCGGUCGGUUUGAUGACCCUUCUUUGGUCUGUAUGAUUUAUAUUAUAUAUAAAUAUAUUUAUUUUUUUUGUUUUGUUUUUUUUUUUUUUUGUUCCUUUCAUCGUACAUACCGAACACGCGUCGUCGGCCGCGCGCAUAGGCAUACGGGCGCGCGGAAUGCCCGCGGAAACAAUGCGAUAUUAUAUUAAAAAUUUGUCGCACGUAGAGCCGUGACAAUACGCGCGCGCGAUACGCAUUACAAUAAUAACGUUACCGCAUUGUACCGUUUCAACAGUGCGCGCGCCCGACGACGACGAGCAGAACGCUGCGCACGUUCGCGCGUAACAGCGCGUCAAGACCGCGCAACGCGCCGCGAACGCUGACGAACGGACCCGCGCGCAAACGGCCGCGCUCGGAACAGCGGGACCGCGCUGUCCGCGAACGGCGCGCGCGAGUCGCGACCGAACGUCCGUCGAAUUCGCGUUCGGGAUCGGCGGAUCCGUUCGCGUUCGCUCGUCCGCGAUGGGACGUCGCGCGCGCACGGGCCGUCUCUGCCCAAACUCGGCGGUCGGCGCGGCGGGACUCCGGAGAUUGAAAUAUUGCAGUUUUGAACGUAAACGUGUGAAGACGAGAACGUUUUCGAGGGCUGCGCGUAUGUUUUUUUUCUACGACGAUUAGUUACAACAGCCGUGUCGGUUGUUUUUGUUUUUUUUUUUUUUCAACAGAAAAAAUGCCGCGCACCCUCGGAAAUGUCCUCCUGUCUGCGUUUCGACACCAAUUUCAAUCCGAACGGCGCGUAUUACGUUUCCGCGUAACGGGAUUCCGCUACGCUGGUGUGCGUCGAUCAGACCGAGACGGCAAAGGCGCGCGAGGCGUCCUCUAGCGCCGUCGUCGGCGCGCGGGAAAAACAUACGAGCGAAAGAACAAUGACAAACAAACGGAAUUAUAAAUUGUUAUUUUAGGUUAAUUUUCGGUUCUUCGGUGGGGCGGCGCGUAAUUGUUUCGAUUCCCGUGACCGCGGCCGACAACGUCACGGCGGCGGCACUCUCAGCGCGCUACUUGUUGUUGCGGCCGGCGGCGUCGGACAUAAUCUUCCUCCGGCAUAUUUUCAUUCCCAACGGGCCUUGACGCACUUUUUUGAAGCAGUUUAUGGCCUGCGCGUGCGUCAUCCCGCUGACGGAUUCGUCGUUGACGCACAAUAUCUCGUCACCUGCGAACACGAAAUCAAACCCGGCCGUUAAAAAAAAAAAAAAAAAAAAUAUAUCAUACACCGGCGUGCCCGGGGAAUUGCCAGCGGGAAAGGGUUUGGUAAACGGCGACCACGAUUGACGAGUGAAUCGCAUGGAUCCCCUUCCCGUUUCGCCUAAACGACAAUGCGGAAUUUCGAAGACCGACGAAAACGCCGGAUUUCUAUGUCGCCGCAUAGCGCACCUAACCUAACCGUGGCGUUUGGCCGAAAGACCGGAGCAUUUAAUGUUGGGGAACAACCGCCGCGAACAAACAACCGCAGUCGCCGUGUUUUUAAACCGAUCUUGCACGGGGGAGGGGGGCGGUCACAGCCGUUGACCGCCUCUCAUUCCCCGUGCGCGCUACCGCGUACGGCGCGCGCAGAGUAUUGACAUUGUCGUUGCCGUUGUAAAUGAUACGGGCGCGUGUCGGGCGCAGAAUGUGCAGCGGCUGUCGGGGUCGUCGUCGACCGCUCUCACGGUUUCGAAAAUUCCUCGCGUCCGUUAUUCUCUUGCCGUCCAUCUCCCCCUUCACUCCACCCCCCCCCAACCGAUCGUUCGCUUACUUUUCCCCGGCCGCUUUGAGAACACAUUCGCAACGCAGUUUGGCGGCGCGUUGCCGCCUUUACGUUUCGGACGUUUUUCCGCGGGCAAUCUCCGAGAAGACGCAUUUUUUGAAAUUCUCGUCUUUUAACGCAACGCGAAUCGUUUGCGCGCCGGCCGUCGCCGUCCGCAAACCGCGCAAACACAACCAAAGCACAAUCAUCAACCGCCGUAAUAUUAUAAUCGCACUGUUAUUUCGACGUUAGAAUAUUUGCGGUUAGGAAAUCGCGAUAUCACCCCCCCCCCUCUCUCUCGCCAAGAUGAGUUAUACGCUUAAAUAAUAGCACGUCAAAUGUCAGUCAUUUCAAUUUUUUUUGUUUUUCCCCCGGCUAAUUACUCACGGGUUUUAUAUUUCGCGGCGGAAAUUUAACAAUUUAUAUUGCCGAUGGCGGUCGUAAAUUUGUCGGGCUUUUUAUCACCCAACGAUUUUUAAUGAAUUGCCGUUUACCGAACGGAUACGCAAUACUGACGACAUUCGGACCGCGAACUUAACGUUUUUGGUCGCGUCCGGUCGUUUGCCGUUUUACGCGCAGGUCAACGGUGUCGGACAUUCGGCUGUUCGGGUGUUUUAAAUGUGUAAAACGUGGCCGUGUUUCAUACGGGACACGAUGAGUGUACGGCACGUGCGCGUGGAUAAUUUAUACCGCGGGCUUACCUUCGAGUAGUGUACCGUUCUCGGCGGCCUGGCCGCUCGUGAAAACGGUCUUGACGAAUAUGCCCAUUUCGCCCUUUGGCGAAUCCGACCCGCCCACGAUGCUGAAGCCUAACGACUUGUGACCGGCACCCUUAUAAAACGUCACGGCCAUGUACACGGUGCUCAUGGUCGGAGUCGGGGAUUUCGACGAACGGCCGUUGUUCAUUUUGUUGGCCAGAACUCGGUUGAUGACGGAGAUCGCGUUUUGUUUGGCCUCCGCGUCGCAGUAGCUGCGGUCGGGAGUUCCGGCUGCCGCGGCGGUGACGGUGGCGGCGGCGGCAGCGACCGGGUCCGUUUGUUCGGAUCUGGACAGCACGAUGUCCACGUAAUAUUUGGUGGCUAUGGAAAAACUGUGUUUCAGUAUUUUCUCCACUUCGUACAUGUCGGUAAUGCCCCGCAACAGCUUCCCGUUGACGUUGAUUAUCUCGUCGUUGAUUUUAAUUCUGCCGUCCCUGCGGAAAACACGUGGUUAUUAUUUGUUAGGUUAUUCGCGCGUUUGUUUACAUGCUAUUCUAUUAUUAUCGGUCCGCAAAGUGAUACCGCGAGGUAGGAGCAGUUGUUCACGAACGAACGGUGGCGGGACGGUUACGGGAAACGCCGGGCAAUCCGUCUAGAGUACAAUCGAACUAUUUACAAUAUAAAUUUACCUAUACGCUAUUUUGCCGGGCUCUAGUUUCAUCACGACGAACCGGGUCUCGUUGUAGUCAGCCACGUGCUUGACGGCCAUUUUCAAAUAGAUGCCGAUGUCGUCUUCGUAUUGGGCUUUAAGCAACCGGACUAUUUGCAUGCGACACCGCAAAUCGUUGAGGUCGGCCGGCAACGACGACAGGUCGGCGCACGGCGGCGGCGAACGGUUCUUGACGAACAUGCGACGAUGGAAAUUCGGCGUCUCCUGUUUCGACUGUUGUCUGUCCGACCUUAUGCGAUCGUUGAUCUCGCGGUUUUUCUUGUAAAACAGGCACAUGGACGGUACGUUGUAGUCUUUGUCGCUGUGCCGUCUGGGUGACGCGGGCUCCGGUUGUUCCUGUUCGAACUCGUUCAGACUGUCCGUGGCCAGCGAUUUGGUGUCCCCGAAUCCGCUGUCCUCGUCAGUGCAGGCUUUUCGGUGAUGGUGGUGAUGGUGGUACGUGUCCAUCGUCCUGGGCCCGUCGCUGUCGUAUCCCGAUUCGUUGGACGAGCUCAGGUUGCUGAACACGCGUCGGUAUUCCCGGUCGUCGUUGUCCAUUUCUUUGAACAGCUCUUCGGUGACUACUAUUUCGUGGUGGGCGGUACCACCGAUACUGUUCCUGUUCUGUUUUACGCUGGCCCUCGCCUGAUGCAAAUGAUGGUGGCUAAUAGCGCCGCCUCCGCCGUUUUCUUCCGGCAACACGGACAACCUGGACCUGAGGAACGCGUACGGGAAGUUUGGUUUUUUCGAAGUACCCAACUUCGAAAUGUUGUCACAGCUCCGGGUUUUCAGGGGCACGUAACCGGGUUCGGUGGGGGAUUUCGCGUCGGCGCAGUCCUCGGUGUCGCAGUGCAUCAGGACCCGCGGUUCCCCGCCGGGGUCCAAACAGUCAGCGGGAUCGUCUCCUUUCAUGUACGACGUUGCCAAGUGGGAAGUGGACACGCUCCUGUACAGCUGACAAUCGCCGUUCUGCAUCCGGCUGGACUGUUGCAACUUUUCCCGGAAACUGUUGCUGUACAGGCGCGAAUAGCUCAGCAUGCCGGUGGACCCGAUGCGCGUGAAAAACCCUUUCAGCGUUGAUGACUUGUUCUCGUUGCAGGACGACGGUUGACCUAGUGGCCACACCGGUUGUUUGCAGGUCACGCUGUCCCUGGACGAAAGGCUGUCCAGAGAAUCGCGGGACUCGCUCCUCCGAAAAACCUCCAGCCGUUUGCCCAUUUUUCUGCCCCAAGUGAUUAGUUCUGUAACAAAAACAGUCAAACAAUCAAAAUGUUAUAAUAUUUAAUCUUAUUGUUUUCUAAUAAUUUAAGUACGGUGGUGAAAGAAACGUCUAAUUAAAGUAUACGUUUGGAAUAUGGCACUAAUUAUGGGUGUGAAAUUCAUAAGUCGGACCAGAAUUUUGUUGAAAGUUUCGACGUGCGGUUUUGAAGACGAACGAUGUGAAUUAGUCGGAAAAAAUGGCGAACGAACUACAGCGUACUAAGCGAAGUAAAUGAAACCAGCCAAAGAGACACUCAGAUACUCAUAACUCGAGUUAUGAGGUGGAAUAUGAUCAUAUUGGACGCGUUCCGAAAAAAACAAUUGGAUACUUGUACUAAAAAUACGCAAAAAACCCUAUUUCGCCAUAUUAGUGGUUGAUUUUUCAAAAGUAUGUUCUUAGGCGGAUGCCUAAAUCACAAUAGCUAUUGCUUGCGCCGAAUUUCAGCUCGAUCCGUCCCGCGGUUUGAGCUGUGCGAUGACGAAUCGGCCGGGCCAUGCUAUUUUAUACAUACGGCGAGUAUGUCAUAUAUUAUAGAUAACAGGCUAUAACAGACCGGAGAACGAAUGGCAAAAGAGACCGAGGACGACCAAAAACAACAUAUAUAUCGAAAAGGUGAUUUCCGACGCGGCACUGACAGACUAUUGUGAACUGAAGAGGUUAGCUGAUGAUAGAACAGAGCGGAGAGGAUACGGAAAACUGCGAACACCGACCUUACGGUCAAAUACCGGAAGAGAGCGGUCUUUGGAAUUUCAAACCCCCCCCCCCUUUAAGUUUCCGAUUUUUUUCACUAUUGUAAAUAACGCCGGAUUCGUAAUUACAGAACGAGUAAAUAAGUGUAUAGGCGUGUUCCGAAUAGUUUUCACGUAGACGUUUUACUAAAAAUGCAAAUACGCAUUUCGCAGUGGAAUCUACACUGUCGCGCCGUGCAUACGAUUCGGAAGAUCGGUGUGCACGCGUAUGUAGACGAUGCCGUCACACCGUAGGGUUUCCGAUCGGCAAAAAAAAUAAAAAAUCUUGUACAGCAGUAGCUGCGGCGGCGGCGGCGGCGGCGGCGGCGAGCAUAACGAACAAACGAUUACGCGGUCGGUAAUUAAAACAGAAAGACGUAUCUACACGCGCGCGCGAACGACGGGGACGCGGAUUCUUCUUUUUCUGCUUCUCGCGCGCGCGUGCACGCGACGCCUCUAAUCGCCUCGAGAUUGCUCACGCGGCUCGACAGCCGUGCGCGUACGACGCGCACGCAAAUGGCGGUACGCGUCGGCGCUGCGGCAGAGCAAUCGUGACCGGCAACAAUCGCACUCAAGAAACCUUUAUUAUUAUUAUUGUUUUACUUCGAUUCGUUUUUUCGUGUACGCGCGUACAUCACACGCAACGCGAUAUAAUGGCAAAAGUUGUCCGAUCCCCUUCGUACCGCACGCGUCCCCGCGCGCGCCGCACCCGUACGCAUACAUGCGCGCGUAUGCACGUAUACCGUAUUACCGAGAUCAACCAGUCGAGCAACCGCUCAAGGUUGUCGGGUUUACGGUACGUCCAAAAUUUCAUUAUCGUCCCAAGGUCGCGCGCAUACGCGUACACGUAUUUAUUAUUAUACACGGUCGGAACGAGACGGCGGCGGCGACCGACGUGCGUUUCUUUCGGCGUGCGCGCGCGCCACCGUCCUGCUGGUAACGCCGCGGCGCGAUAAGCACAACGGGGUUGACGAUUUGCCCCCGGGGCGAGAUUUUUAUUUUAAACGACCGCGAACUGUUCGCGGUCCGCGGCCGCAGCGUAACAGCGUUCCGCCGCACCGGUACCACUAUCUGUGCACCGAUAUUAUGCCAUCACGCGUAUUAACAACGACCGGGUCCGGAUUAAUUACGAUUGGGCGCGCGUGUAAUAAUUUCGAUCGCGAUACACGCGGAUAUCGUUCGAUGUACGUCACCGUGAUACGAACGUCUACAGGGUGUUUUAACACGCCUGCUGUUCCUUGGCUGUCGCUAGGGGAUGGAUGGGCGUGUGUGUGUGUGUGUGUGUGUGGGAGGGAAAGCGGGCGGACUAGGACCCGCGUGUUUUACUCGUGUUCGAGGUCUCGCUGUCGAGAAAAAAAAAAUACGACCACCUAAACGCCAAAAGUACAGUAAUGCGAUCGUGGUCUUAGAAGAUAAGAUAGGAGAGACGCUGGGAUAUCAAACGCGCGGCGCCUUUGAGGGCUGUCGUUUAAGUGUAUAUUUUAUCCGUUAUUUCGGUGGCGUGACUGGCGUAACUUUGCGGAUUUUAGGGUGUGGAGUGGACAAAUCGCGUAUUUUACAAGGGAAAACCGUGUCCACAGACUAGAAUAAAAAAAUAAAAUAAAAUAAACAUCUUAUUAAAACCAAUAGCUCCCUGGCUACGUUCGGAAUCUAAAAUAAAAGGCAGCCAUUUAAUAUAUUUAUUUUGAAACAAUACAUUGCUGCAAUGAAACAUCUUUCUAAUUAUGUGUGGUUAAUUAUUCUAAAUUUUUUUGAAGUUUACAAAAAUUACAUUUUUUUUUUUUAUUUAUACUACUAAAUAAUAACUAAAAUACAAUUGGUUCACCACUUUUUCAUGAAAAAAUACUCAUAGUGAUAUUAUUAUAAAUAUUCAUUUGUUAUAUUUAAGUUAUUAUACUGGGUAUUGACGUAUAUAAGUACGAAUCAUAAAAUCAUAAAACAUGAACAAAUACUAAUUAUUACAAAAAAAAAAAAAAAAAACAAAUUUAAAAAUAUUGAACAUAUACUUAAUAAAAGUUAUUGUAAUUAUCAGAACUCCGUAGGAAAUAACGAACCGAAAUUUUGUUAAUAUAUCGCAGUUCUUUUUACGAUACAUUACAAAAAUUAAAAUUACAACUUAAAAGAAAUAUUUAACGUGUAAUAAAAAUUAUUGCAUUUGUCAGAACUCCGUGGGACACCCUGUAUAUUAUGUUGUUAUGAAUAAAUAAUUUACAACGACGAGUCUUUUGAAUAUUAUAUUGGUUUAUGAUGUUCGUAAAUUAUAUAUUAUUUUCGUUUAUAAACAACGCGCAUACAAAUUUAUGUACGUAAAUAAAAUAUUAUUGGUAAAAUACGCCUAAUACAUAUAUAUAUAUACACAUAUAUUUUUAUUGUAAUCGGAGAAAUGUUCAGUUUUCUUUUGUGUUACCUAUACGUAUAAAAAAAAAAAAAAAAAACUACGUUUGUAUAUUAUAAUAUAUUUGACAGGAACACGACACGGGCACGAGUCAUAGAUAUAAGUAUAGGGGAUUAAUGGCCGUGAAAGUUAAAACUAACAAACCGCCGCCGUGCGAAUAGGUCAAUACUCGGAGAAUUAAAAAAAAAAAAAAACAAAAAAAACAAAACAAAAAAACAAAUACACAUUUAAAGUGUAGCAACGUUGUUUCGUUCGUUUUUUUUUAAAUUUCUAACACGACCUCUCGUGGAUUCAUUAUCAAGUCAAUAUAAAAAUUAUGGGUAGUUACGUUUUAAUCUAAAAAAAAAAAAAAAAAUCUACUCGUUAAGUGCUUUAAAAUACAUUCAGUACUAUAGAUGGGCGAAACGAAAACUUUGGUAUUGGAUACUCGAUUUUCGAUGUCUUUGAAAACAAAAUACAACACAAAUAUUAACAUUGUCUCUAUAUAAAAUAUACAUUAAUAUAUUCACGACUUUGUGUCCCGACUGACGCACAUUUUAAACCGUUGUGGUUAGAAACAUGACAUUUUCACAGUCGAUACAUUUUAUGCCACAGACAUCCACUAAGGAAGGAUUUUUGAAAUUAUUUAACGAAGUAGGUACUUUAAAACGCAUAAUACAAUAAAAACGAUAAUUUAUUCAACACCAAACUGUUUAACCACCAUAAUCACGUUAUCACUGACCAUUUUAAGAUAAACCGAUACCAAGAAUUACACAGAUUUCGAUAUUCGAUAAUGUCACAAGUAACGAAGGUUUCGAGGUAUCAAAUCGCUCAUCCUUUAAGUACACUGACUUAAAUUCAUUGUUAAAUUAUACCUACCAUAUAUACGAUUAUACUUAUUGAAUUUCAAGUUUCGGACAAAUUGUAGUUAGCGACAAUAAUUCUAUCGCCGUCUCGAAAUAUAACACGAUACUGAUCUGUAUAAUAACGAAACCCGUCCUAGGGUAUUAAUGAACACAACUAUAUUUGAAUAUUAUUAUAUAAGUAUAAUACGUACAAAUAUGAAAAUAUGAUUAUCUGGUAAAAAAAAAAUGGAUAUAAUAAUCUAGACGAAAUUCACGGCUUCGGAUCUGUAGCGAAAUAAUAAUAAUAAUAUCGUGUUCAACAAACUAAAUCAGGUUCCUUGGUCGGUCGUGUAGGUACAUACAGGGUGAUACAUUUUAUCGCGAUCCAGCGGUUUUGUCGGAAAAUUGAUGGUGAGUUUGGAUUUUCAAACAGCAGCCCACUCGCUCCUUUUGGAAUACAGAUUCGAAUAGAGACUAUUUCUCUAAAAAUGUCGAUAUGCACAAUACUAAUGUCGGAUUUACCGUUUAUGAGUUGUAAUACAGUUUAAAGUGUACACUAGAGGAGUGGUAAACUUUGUAUCCAAUUUUAGACGGUAAAUGUUCAACUGCUUGAACUCAUAAACGGCAAAUAUUAUAAUAGUGUUACGUAAACAUAUCUCGGAAAUAUUAUCUAUUCGCAAUUUCGUUUAUAAGGGGAAGGUCGACAUUUGAAAAACCAAAAUAUACAUUCAUAUAAUGAGUAGAGAUAAACAAUUGAAAAUAGUAUUAAAACAAAGCUUAAAUAAUUUGUCCAUAAUGACUGAAAAAAAACAAAAAAAAAAAAAACAAAAAAACAAAACAGAAAUCAAAUUAACUUAAAAUCCUUCGUCGGUUCGUAUAAACGUAUCACUCUGUAUAAUAAUACGUGUUUUAAUAGUAUUUUAACCCGCAGUGUCUCGCGGUCAUUAUAAUAACAUAAUAUUAAAUGAUUUGCAUAUUAUUAUGUUUAUUUGGUUCCACGAAAGCAAAAUGUGUAUCGUCAAUCGAUUUACGUACGUGUAUGGAGGUAUAUAGAAUUAACGAGGAAUUCGAUGUCAGCAAAUGUAGGUAGGACUCGUAUAGGCGGUACGAUAUAGACGUCCAUGGAUGGCGAACGAACAAAUAUUUUAAUUCAGCAAUCCAUAUGGUGGCGAUGAUCGGUUUGAACCAGUUUUAGUCAAUUUAUUGUAGUACGGUCUACUUGGUUCGAUUUUUGUAGGUUUAAGCUCUGACAAGGGCUUAUAGGGGAACCGAGAAUCUGCAGGCGUAGCGGCCGAAUAUUCUUCUCCUUCCGUUAUAGUACCGCUUAUGAGUGGGUGUAUGUAAAAAUAUUGACCAUAAGUUCGUAAUAUUUGCUUUUACUAUUGUUGUUAUAGAAUGUUAGGUACUUAUAAUGCAACGCUUUUGAAUUAAUGAUUAGAGAGAGACGGUGAAAAAAAAAACGCGUUUUGUUAUUAAUAUUUGAAAGGCGGUUAAUACGUUUCGGGUGGACACUAUAUUUUGGUCAUAUUAUCUGGCGUAUUUUGGUUAUGAAUAUCUGCGAACGCUCGAGAUGAAAUACCGAGAUUAUGAAACGAUGCCAUUAAUAACCAAAACGGGAAAUUAAUUACGGAGCUCUAUAUAUCAUAGUGGUUUUCAGUGGUUACUGUAGGUAUGGUUAUUAUGAGUUGAUAAUAUUGUUCUAAAAUAAUAAUAAUAAUAAAAAAAAAAAAUAAUAUUAUUAAUAAUUUAAUCACAUUAAUUGUAUUAAUUACAUAGGUAGUCAUUUAUCAUAUACAAAUUAUUGUGGUUUGUUUUUAAAUAAUAAACACAAUUAUUCACAAAUGAAAUGAUAAAUCUUUAUUGGAUUUUGAUGGUGAACCACAGUGAACAUAUUUUGAGAAAAUCGUUUGCAAUUUUUUUUUUUUUAAUUUUAAUAAUUCUGUAACAAUACAUUCAUAUGAAUUCUAAGGUAUAAAAUAAAAAUUUGGUGGUUUAAUAAAAAGUAUCUGUGAUCAAAUUUAUGUAUUUCUAUUGAAAUUUAUUACUGAUAACCAUAUUUCAAUAAUCACUGUUACCUUAUGGUAAAUUGCUCUCUCUGCGAGCACAUAAUAUUAAUGGUAAGGUUCGUACAUUUCUUUAUUAUUUAUGGUCGUGAUGUUAAAACUAAGUUAUUUACACGCGAAAUACCGUAUUUUAUAUUAUUAUGUGUUAUUCGGGUUUUAAAUAUUUAAUAGUAUUUAAAAUAUUCAUAUUUUUACCGAACAUGGUAGAUAACUAUAUAAUGAUUAAUGGGUUGACUACUCUCCUAUUUAUCCAUAUAGUCUCUGUAGAUUUUAUAUUUAUUGGUUGUGUAAUUUUUUUUUUAUUGACCCUUGUUCGCUAUUACCACUUACCAGAUCCUACCUAAACACGAUUAAUAGUUUUAUCAUCUCCGAAAUCUGCAGGUACCCAUUUUAACUUGUAGAACAUUACGAAAGAAAAAUAUUUAUUUCUCGCUUUGCAAUAUUAUCGAAUUAUUCAACCGAUUAGGUAAAUGCUGCGCGUAUCGGGCGAAUACAAUUUAAUUAUUUUGUUUUCAGGUUUACGUGGUCGGAGGAUAUACGAUGCAAUAUGAUACGUUUCGAAAGAUAUUUGGACGUACGCUGACGGGAGGAGUCAAUCGACUGCAAAUAAAGUGGACGUCAGAAUGCGGCGGCGAUGACUAGAGAACGUUUCGAUAAAUAAUAUUAUUAUGUAAAAGGGUUGUAUAUAAAAAAAAAAAAAAAUUGUUAUUAAAUACAGG